GCGCACAUUUUGCAGCUGAAUGGCGUUUGUCUACGUCGCCCGCCAUUGAGGAAGACCUAAUCCUUUUCAUUUUUAAAAAACACGAUCACAUAUCGGAUUAUAAUGUCAUACCUUACGUACACAUUUGUACUUAGUUUAUGCUAUAAUCAAAUUGCGCCAACCGUGGUUCCUGCUAGUCCUGAAGACAAUAUUGCAAAUGCUACGAAGUCUCCCGUGUACGACCAUUUUAUGUAUUUUGCUUAUGGCAGUAAUUUGUUGAGAGAACGACUGCAGGUGAACAAUCCAUCAGCAGUUUUUGUUUCAACUGGCAGUUUGAAGGAUUGGGUCAUUACAUUUGGAUCCUGGAAUAAAGAGUUGAACAACUCCUGGCAUGGUGGGGUUGCUACAAUCGAGGAAUCCAAAGGAGACGUGGUCUGGGGAGUAGUCUGGAGAAUGGACAAAGACAAUCUCAUUACUUUGGACAGACAGGAGGGAGUGGGAAUGGGACUGUACAGUCCACUCAACGUCACUGUGAACACUGAUGCUGGAGAGGUUCUCUGUAGAACCUAUAAGAUGAACAACUUCACAGCUCAUCUUACAUCGCCUCCAUACAAGCAGGUUGUGUGUCUUGGAGCCAAACAGAAUGGCUUGCCUCUGGAUUACAUCAAAAAGCUGGAGGCUGUGGAAACCAAUGGCUACAGCGGUCCCUCCAUUUUAGAUGACAUUACUGCUUUGAAAACUGCCAAGAAAGAUGACGUGGAGAUGUUACCGGAAAAAGUACAAUAAUAGAAAAAAACCACAACAUUUAUUAAUGAAGAAAAUUCUACAAGAUAUUAAAUUGGUCAGGGGAUGGUGGCCUAAUGGUCAGGAGUGUUGUGCCAGUUAACAAAGUUUGCUCAUUGUAAUCCCUGAGUCAGCUAGUUGAAACAACCCUGUCAUUCUGUCCCAGACUAAGACGUUACCUUAACUGCUCCGUAGUCAUUGCUGCCGAAUAUAAUUGAUUUACAAGUUGGGAUUUUUCAAUUGGAAAGCGAUUUUAGAUUAAUGGUCAUGUAAUAAAAGUAGUUCUU